AUGCUAACCACCAGUCCCGAGUACAGCCAGCCCCGCGACCGCAGCCACCAAGCUAAAGGAGUGGAAGAAGGGAUGCCCCGGUCCCGCCCCAUGAAAGCCGUUCGAGGCAUCAGAAAACGCAAAGACUUUGUGGUGCAUCAGGGCACUCAGACGGAAGAGAAGCCCAACAUUUGCAUCGAGUGUGGGAAGACUUUCAGCCAGAGCUCCAGUCUGGUCAACCACCGGCGGACGCACUCCGAUGAAAAGCCCUACAAAUGCCCCGACUGUGGGAAAAGUUUUGGAGUCAGCUCCAGCCUGAACAGACACCAGAGAAUCCACACAGGCGAGAAGCCCUACAAAUGCCCCGAGUGUGGGAAAAGAUUCAACGACAAGUCCAACCUCACCCAGCACCAGCGGAUCCACACGGGCGAGAAACCCUACAAAUGCAUCGACUGCGGCAAAUGCUUCAGCCGCAGCUCCCACAAAAAGCACCACCUGCGACACCCGCUGGGGAAGAAGCUGAAGAAGGGCGCUCAGGCGGAUGGUGCUUGCGCUGCGGCCAGCACAAAGCCGAAACCCAAGCGGAAAGUGGAGGUGCUGAAUACCUGCACGGAAUGCUGGCAGAGCUUCACCCAGAAUGCCGAUCUCAUCAAGCACAUGCGCAUCCACACCGGCGAAAAGCCCUAUCAGUGCAACAUCUGCGAAAAGAGCUUCAGUGUCAGUUCCAACCUGUUCAGGCACCAGCGAAUCCACACGGGGGAGAAGCCAUACGUGUGCUCGGACUGCGGGAAGCGAUUCACCGACAAAUCCACCUUAGUUCAGCACCAGCGAAUCCAUACCGGGGAGAAGCCCUACGCCUGCAGGUUUUGCGGCAAGAGUUUCAGCCACAGUUCCCACCACAAGAGACACGAGAAGAUCCACAAGGGAGAAUACUCUUUGUUAGCUUUCCCUGCCCCGAUGAUCUAA